GUGCCCCAGCCAUCGGUUCUGAGCAUCUGUGGGAGGGCAGAGCCUGCUGCAAGAGCCCUGGGCGUGCGUCACCCGGUCCUCCGGACAGGCUUUAAGGAGGAUUCAAUACUGCCCUGCCUUCAUUUAUAGCUACGUGCUACAGGUUCUUCCUCCUGGGUGGUGAGGGGUGGUAUGGAGAGGCUGGUCAGAUAAAUAACCCUCGUGCCCUGGCUUUAUAUGAAAACAAUCAGGAGGAAAGGCAUGUCUUCUGUGCCGGUGGGACUGAUCACCCUGGGACGGGGGUCAAGGAUCUCUCCCCCCUUACUGGAGUGCACAGCCAGCACCACACUGGUGCUGAGGGGACAGAGGCAGUGGUGGGGGGUUGCAGGGGCUCACCUUACCUUUCUGACUGCCCCAGCACUAUGGGGGCUGCUGCUGAGGUAGGGGUUUGUACCCAGUGCUUCAGGACACUGGGAGGGGUGUGGGCUGGGAGUGCAGGCGCUGGCAGCCUGCAGAUGGAGGGAAAUCCGUGGCAAAGUGAAAAGCCCCAUUUGCAGGGGGCCUGCCUGAACACGGGUUUCGCUACUUGGUUUACCUUCUGCUCUGUUCUCACUUAGCAUCUCUAAUAUCCCAGGGAGUGAGCAUAACAGGUAGACACUGCAUGGCAGGUACCUGCAAGGUGUCUGAAAACAGCCAGACUGGAUGUGGCACUGGCACAGCCCCAAUAAGGAGCGGAGUUUUGCAGCUAGUAUUAUUCUGUGUCUCCUCACUGCCUUUGUUUUGGAAGCAAAUGGGCCUCUAACUGCAUUGAAUUGCCCGGCUACCUUCCACAGCCAGGAUCUAAUUACCUGUGGAGCUGGGAGCCCUGUCUCCAUGUGGCACCAAGGCUUUUGUUUUUCAUUACUUGCUCCACCAUGUUCAGAGUGUGACAAUGUAGGGGAGCCUGCCAGGACCGGCUGCUGGUGCCACUGUGCUCGUACUGCAAUGGCUGGGAAAGCUAAUAGGAGGUGGGAUGUCGUGGGCAAAGCACCAGUGGCACAGCGCUGGGUUGAAGACAAAAUGAAUGGGUCUAAUGAUGAGCACAGCUGACUCCUGUGUCCUGGGAAGUGAGCUGGAUCACGUCCUUCCCUAUCGUGGUCCUCUGGCAGAGGGAAAACUUGGCCAAAUCUGGCUCUACAGCCCCAACCUGUGGCAGGGCAGCCCCCUGAAAGAGUGAGGAGCUGUGGGGAAUGGGGCACAGCUGGGCUUUUGCCUCCCUCCCCGUGCCAUGAGCUACCUCUGGCCUCCUGUUAAUGUUUACAAGGUAGGUCCGGCGUCGUCUGUCCAAAGACUAGAUCCCUCCCUGGCUCUCCCUGGGAUUGUGCUUCCUGCUGGCCGGGGCAGGGCCACAGGACAGUCGCAGGGAGGAAAAACCUGGCUCCCUGCUGCCUCCACAACACUAUCGGCCCCACUCUCCCUCCAGCUAUCUCCGACUCCGCUUCCCUGCUCGCGGGUGCAGAUGAGUAAUGCCACGCAUGCCUUGCCCUCUCCUGUGGUGCCCAGUGCCCCGGGGCCCAGCACAGUGGCCAGGCUGGCCUCGGCUCCCCCAUCCUCAGCCCUCGUCCCGCUCACAGCUGCCCACAACAACUCUGAGGAUGGCCAGCAGCUUUUCCUGACCACAACAGCGGCACAGGUCAUCUCUGGCAUCUUCGUGUGGUUGGCACUCAUCAUCACCUUCCACCAGAUCCGUGCUGCUGAAGGCAGUCCUGGGGCAAGCUGGUGCCUCCGAGUGCUGGGACGGGGCUGCACAUGGUCUGGCAUGGAGGAGAGCACGCUCCUCGCACAGCACCAGGGAAGGGACCUGAUAUCUACGUGUUUUUGUGGAAGUCAUUGCCCUGGGGACUGGGACAGAGCCCGUCUCACAUGUCUGUUCGCUACGAUCUACACACACCUGAGGAAUUACACCAUCCCCAAGGAGCAGCGCUACAUCAUCCGCAUCCUCUUCAUUGUGCCCAUCUAUGCCUUCGACUCCUGGCUCAGCCUCCUCCUCCUUGGUAGCCACCAGUACUACGUCUACUUCGAUUCGGUGCGCGACUGCUAUGAAGCCUUUGUGAUUUACAGCUUCCUGAGCCUGUGCUUCGAGUACCUUGGAGGGGAGAGCACUAUCAUGACAGAGAUCCGAGGGAAGCCCAUUGCGUCCAGCUGCUUUUAUGGGACCUGCUGCCUUCAGGGUAUGUCCUACUCCAUCGGGUUCCUGCGCUUCUGCAAGCAGGCCACACUGCAGUUCUGCAUCGUGAAACCCCUCAUGGCGAUCGUCACCAUCAUCCUGCAGGCUUUUGGGAAGUACCACGACGGGGACUUCAACGUCCAAAGUGGCUAUCUCUACAUCACCAUCAUCUACAACUUCUCCGUCAGCCUUGCACUUUACGCCCUCUUCCUCUUUUACUUUGCCACCAUGGACCUGCUGCGCCCAUUUGAGCCGGUUCUCAAGUUCAUCACCAUCAAGGCAGUCAUCUUCCUCUCCUUCUGGCAAGGAACACUGCUUGCAAUCCUGGAGAAAUGUGGGGUGAUCCCUGAAGUUCAGAUCAUCGAUGGGAAGGAGGUGGGAGCCGGGACGGUGGCUGCUGGCUACCAGAACUUCAUCAUCUGCAUUGAGAUGCUCUUUGCUUCCAUUGCCCUGCGCUACGCGUUCACCUGCCAGGUGUACAGAGAAAAGAAAGAAAACUCGACAGCAAACCUUGCCCCAAUGCAGAGCAUCUCGAGUGGGCUGAAGGAGACCAUAAGCCCCCAGGACAUCGUGCAGGAUGCGAUCCACAACUUCUCUCCUGCAUACCAGCAGUACACCCAGCAGUCGAUGCAGGAGGCAGAGUGCAAAGCGCCGGGGGAGAACGGGCACAUGGCCUCCAAGGUGGAGGGACUGAGCGGCAGAAAGAGCAAAAACAUUGAGAAGAGAGUGCUCAUCCUGCCAGAUGAGGAGCUGUAGGAGAUGUCAGAGGGGACAGUGACACUGGAGAGGUUUAAACCCAUGCAAAUGGGAGCUGUCUCGAGGCUGUGACAACCUGGUCUAAUUGGAGUACCAAGAAGCCAGGAACUCUACCCAAAAAGCCAGUCUCUCGAAGGGAAGAUGCAAUAACCCAGGGAAUGGUUAAAUCAAAUAGCGCCAGGUUCUGCUGUCCCAUCUCCACUGGUGUCAGGGACUGGGCUGACUUUGCUCCUGUGACUAAGCAGCCCUGCGCUGCUGUCUGGACUUUGUUGCCCCACUGCUGGUGCCUCCUUGCCAGCCUGUGUUUGUGCCCAUGCUGGGGGAUGCCAGGAAGGGAGUGGAGCCAGGCAGCAGGACGGACCAGCUGCCCUCACCCUCCUCUUACCUCCAUGUAGCGCUGAGGCCUGAGAGAAAUGCUUUUCUCAGCACAGUUCUGCUCUAGUUUCUCCCAGUUUGAGUAAAAAAUGGUCUCGAAGGGCCCUGUGGAGAAAACCAGCCCAGGAAGGUGACUUCACUUCACCUCAAAACCCGGUAACGGUUGAAAGACAUCAUUCCUUAUUUUUACAUCCUCUCCCCUCUCCUCCCAGAAAAGCCUACAGAGUUGUACAGAAGACCUUUACUAGGGAGGAAGAGUAAGUCAUCCUCUUCUCCCUCCAGAUGGGGAUGCAGCUGUCUGAGUAACUCCCCUGGGAGCGGCAGUGAGGUCCCACUCGGGGCUAACACACAGGUCUCGCAGCUGCAUUUCUGAGAGCUGCUGGUGACAGAAGCACUUGUUUAUGUCUAAACUCACUUAUCUCUGAACAGAUCAUAAGUUAAAAGGGAUUCCAGCUUCCUUAUCAGAGCCUUUAAUAGGGAACCAGACUGUGACUGGUGGUGGUAGGAAUGCACUUAUUGGGAACUGUCUGUUCCUCCUAACCCUUCGCUAUUUACCAUCCCCAGGCUUUGCCUGACCUGUGGGAAGGCAGGCGGGAGCUGAGCCUGGCUGGGUGACAGUGGUGGGGAUGGAGAGGUGCAGGGGACUGCCACCACUCAGGGUGGGACCACUGGCAGGGGAAGAUACCGCAUGGAGGGAUUUUCCCCAUAUCAGUGAUGGAAAGUGCACGUCCUCCUGUUAAAAUUCCUCUGGUGUUUCCCCCCCUCCCCCCAAUUUUUAGUCCAAUUUCUAUUCUCCUGUUAAUCAGAUGCUCCCUGGGAACUUACUUAGGCGCUGUCUGGGCUGUUUUUUGGGGAUGGCAUCUGGGUAGUGACAAGACAAGGGCAAGUCUAUAGCUUCAGAUUUGUAGUCAUGUGGCAAACCCCGAAAUGGGUAGGGCUUAGAGCCGUUUUACACACAACUCCUAGUGGGUUUUCCCCCACCCCCACCCUUAAGCUGCAAAAUGUAAAUCACAACAUGAAAUUAUUUAUGAAUUUUUUUCUAAUAAACAGCAAUUUCUACUA